GGUUUCAGCUGUCUCUAUCAGAUCCCCAUAAUAGAUCGAGCCUUCCACCUGGUAUCGAACAAGCUUCUCGAAUGCCAUAUUUGCGUUGUAUGCACGAAGCCCUUGCAAAAUAUUGCCGUCGUCGAGAACAAUGGUUCUGGAAACCGUUUCUACUUUAACAGCUGCACACCGGCAGCCACACCGGAUCGCGGUAUACCGUCGUAUGCCGCCCAACAUCGGGCCCAGAAGCACGUUCCCAACUGUGUUGUGAAACCGGUUUGGUCAAAGGGAAUAUAAUCUCUCUAAAUCAAAUCAAAUCAAAUUCAAAUUCAAAGUCUAGCCGUCUAGUUCAACAAUCAUCAGAGCACUCAUUGACGACGAAUUUGACAUGGUUUCUGACAAGAUCCGCGUUGUGCGCUUGUCGCACGUCCACUACAAGCACCCUGACCUAGCCAAAGCAGUCAAAUUCUUUGGAGACUUUGGCUUGGUGACAGAAGAUGAACGGGAUGGCCGCACAUUUCUACGCGGGUAUGGCGCACAGCCUUUCGUCCAUCUAGCAGAGCAGUCUCCGGAUGAAAAGAGGCACUUCGCCGGAGGUUACUGGGUUGUGGAUAGCGAAGCUGAGCUGGAAAAGGCAGCAUCUCUCCCGGGCGCUUCGUCUAUUCAGAACCUGGAUGCCCCUGGUGGUGGCCGAGUGGUCACCGUGCCAGAUCCCAACGGCAAUACUGUCGGGUUUGUCUACGGACAAACCCUCCGCUCCCCGGAUGUCGAUGUCGGGGCCUUGGAGCGCAAGGACAGUGGCCAUGCUUCCAACACAGCGGUUGAAAAACCGCGGAAGGGCGCUGUCCGACGGUUCCUACCCGGUGCCAGCCCUGUCCACAAGCUGGGCCAUUACGGAUAUGUGGUACCACAGAACAAAUUCGAGGAAUCCUUUUCAUGGUAUACCACUACCAUCAACCUUAAACCCACCGAUGCUGUGUUCGACCCAGUCUCAAACAAGGAUGAUACUGUCUUCAUGCACAUUGACCUUGGAAGUCAGUACGCCGAUCAUCAUAGCUUUUUCCUCGCCGCUAGCAAGCAAGCGCCACAUGCUCACGUACACCAUUCAAGCUACGAAGUCAACGACUUUGACACGCAGAGGUUGGGGCACGAUCACCUACAAAGGAACGGCUGGACCAAUUGCUGGGGCAUUGGUAGACACGUUCUGGGUAGCCAAAUCUUCGAUUACUGGUUUGAUGGAUCUGGCAAUGUGGUUGAGCACUAUUCCGAUGGAGAUCUCGUCAAUGAAGAUACACCAUUCGGCCGCGAAGCUGCGGCUCCAGAUUCUCUCUAUGUCUGGGGUCCCAACAUCCCUCUAGCCUUUGUCACGGGCCGGAUUGAGGACGCUGGCAAGCCGAUUCCGUUGCCUCUUAAUUUGGAUGUGGCUAAACCAGCGCAAUUGUGAUGUGGGUGGUACAUAACUGUGAAUAUUGGUUGGUUUGACCUAGUAUACUCUAUAUUUGACCUCUUCAAUCGCUGCUGGACAUCAUCUCGUAUCAUCC